AGUGUGUGUGUUUGAUCCGGUGUGUGUGUGUUGAUCUGUGUUGCUUGAAGGAAACGGAGAGCGACUCGCUGCUGGAGUGGCAACAUGUCAGCAUGAACAGAUCAGUACCCAGAUUGGACUGGAGGAGGCGCUGUUCUGAACCAAUGAACUGAGUGAUCCAGUGAACGGAUCACUGAUCCGAUAAGUUCAGUUCACUCAGAUGAACAGUUCUUCUCAUCGCCCUUCCGCUCCUCCUUCUUCCUGUUUUCUGUCGCAGCUCGUGGAUUAUCGGUGUUUCCGAAUAUUUGAUAUUUUAUUGAUUAUUGGCCGACAAACAGCAAAUAUAAUAAGGUUUAAUGUUUAAAGAGAAUCUUCUGGUGUUUUGUUGUUUCUAUGUAAUGUCGCGGUGAGAGAAAUACGAGAAACUGACGGUGGAUUGAAACCCGGAAAUGGAUUCUGUAGCAGCUACUUCAUUGUUUUCGGUCCUGAACUUCAUCAUCUUCAUCUUCAUCUCUUCUGUCUCUACAGAUCAGACAAACAUCACAGCUCAAACUGGACAGGACACAUUUCUGCCCUGCAGAUCUCCUGAUAAUAAACCUGUUGCAUUUGUUGAGUGGAUCAGAUCUGAUCUGGGGUCAGAAUAUCUUCUUCUUUACAGAAAUGAUCAACUUGAUCUAGAAAACCAGCAUGUGAUGUUUAAGGACCGAGUGGAUCUGCAGGACAGACAGAUGAAGGAUGGAAACGUGUCUUUGGUUCUGAAGAACGUGACGACUGACGACAGAGGAGCUUAUGAAUGUCGAAUCAUUCAGACAGAAACAAACAGCCUGAGGAAGACCAUGGUCAUCAUCAACCUGGAUGUUCUUCCUCCUCCAGAUCAGAAAAACAUCACAGCUCAAACUGGACAGGACACAUUUCUGCCCUGCAGAUCUCCUGAUAAUAAACCUGUUGCAUUUGUUGAGUGGAGGAGAUCUGAUCUGGGGUCAGAAUAUCUUCUUCUGUACAGAAAUGACAAGAUUGAUCUAGAAAACCAGCAUGUGAUGUUUAAGGACCGAGUGGAUCUGCAGGACAGACAGAUGAAGGAUGGAAACGUGUCUUUGGUUCUGAAGAACGUGACGACUGACGACAGAGGAGCUUAUGAAUGUCGAAUCGUUCAAACAGAAACAAACAGCCAGAGGAAAACCAUCAUCAAUCUGAUAGUAACGUCUCCAGGGGAACCGGAUGGACGGAACCGAGACGGACCUGCUGGUCGGAGGAAUCUGUGGAUUUAUGUGGUGGUUGGUCUGAUUGGUCUGAUGGUUUCUGUAGCUUUAGGUAUUUUUGUUUAUUGGAUCUGUAAAAAACCUUUGUGUUUGAGUCCAAAGUCAAACCAGAGUUCUGAAGAACCACUUCAAGCUGAGCAGCCUUUAACGGGUCAGAACCAACCAGCUGAUUAGUGAGUCCUGUUUUCAUCGGAACCAGAGGAAACCCAAACUGGUAUCAGCUGGUUCUGUCCUUCACCAGAACCAAACCAGGCCGUUACAGAACCGUUACAGAACCGUUACAGAACCAUUACAGAACCGAUCCGUUCCAGAACCCGUCCAAACUGGACCGAAUGCUUCAUUAUUACAGAAACUGAGUGAAGCUGCAGGUUAUUGUCAGGAUCUGCUGACAGUUUGUGACUUUUAGACGUUUCUUGUGGAUUUAAAAUGUUUUUAUUUUCUGUUUCUGUUACUGAGCUGCUUAAAGAGACGGAGGCUUUUAUUUGAUUUAUUUAUUCAGGAUGGAUCUCACUUGGAAACAAAAACUGAUUUUCACAAGAAUCUUGUUCCAUCCUCAUAUACAGUCAUAUUCAAUAACCUGGAAUAUUAUUGAAAAGUUCAUUUUUUCAGAAACUCAGUUCAAAAAGUGAAACAGAAACAGAUUAAACUGAUUGAAGUUUUUUAUUUUUGUUCAUUGUGAUUUUAGUGAAAACACAUUGAAGAUUAAUAUUAAUCAGAACAAUAAAUAACUUUUAAUGCAGAAAUAUGAAUUUUCAAAAUAUACUUUUAAUCUGACAAAAAGUUUCAUCUGCACAUUUAUUCUGUCUUAUUAAAUAUGAGAUAGAUUUUAUAUUUUAUUAUAAACUGUUUGUGUUAAAUGUUCCUCCUGGAAGCAUCUAAAGCAUUUCAUUUAUUUCAUUUAUUACAUUUAUUUCAUUUAUUACAUUUCUGAUAUUUACAGCAUUUCUCCAGUCAAAGCAGAAACAUUUCACUGGUUUUACUGGUUAUACAGGUUUCACUGGUUAUACUGGUUUCAAUGGUUUCAGUGUCUGAUCCUGUUGCUGUUACUUAAAGCUGCAUGAAUGUUGCUUCAGUCUCAGUUUCCUGUCUUUACUACCAGGUGGUUUGAUUUGUGUCUGAUCGUGUUCCUGGUUCUGGACUCAGUGUCCAAUCAGAACAAUAAAUAAAUUAUAACAAUAAAUAAAUUAUAACAAUAAAUAAAUUAUAACAAUAAAUAAAUCAGAACAAUAAAUAAAUUAUAACAAUAAAUAAAUUAUAACAAUAAAUAAAUUAUAACAAUAAAUAAAUCAGAACAAUAAAUAAAUUAUAACAAUAAAUAAAUUAUAACAAUAAAUAAAUCAGAACAAUAAAUAAAUUAUAACAAUAAAUAAAUUAUAACAAUAAAUAAAUUAUAACAAUAAAUUUUCUGGGUUUGGAUCUUUAUUGUAAUAAGUUGUAAAAUCCCUGCAGGUCAGAUUGUUGAAUCAUCAGGUCAGCAGAUCAACCAACAUGUUCAGACAGCAGAAAUCACUCCACAUGAUGUUCAGCUGGUUCACAUCAAUCCUGUUUAUUAAAAUCAUAAAACUCAAACUUA